CUGCUCUAAAAGAUUGGAUGUUGAAGGCCGUGCACUAAAGGACUUGGACAGCCUUCUACGUAACCCUCCAAAUCCUCCCUGGGUUGCGGAAGAGCUGACAGAUGCCGAUGAGCCAUACUGAGAUGGAGCUGGUGUCUUCCUGUGCUCUCUGCUCAGCUCGGUGAUAUCCCCCAGAUUGUCCUCCGCUUCGUCCGCUUCAGCUACGCUUGCCUCGAGGUCUUCGAGGGGUACGUACACUCGCUCUAUAUUGGAACGUGGCAUACUUGAUGCUUGUUAGUCGAUAUCUAGUUGGGUGUGAGAGUGACGGAUUUUUGGACCAGUAGGUUACUCGUCAUUUGAUAAGCUAUAAAUAGUACGGAUGCGUAGAACUGACAGUGCCAGUGGGGGUUAUGACGAAUUCCGGAAGAACGAGAGUCUCUUCCAGUCAUUGACAACCUUACCAAGAGAACAGUUCUCAUAGCUUUAAAAACCAGCUAGACGAAUACUGCCUGCUACGGAAAGAUGCGUCAUCCUUCUUACCCUUCUCAAAACCUUGAUGGAAGCAAAACCAAAUCCUAUAGCAACCUCUACAGUGGGCCCUCUUCCAAUGAUCUCUACAGGCCGCCAUCAACCGGCUCACUUUACAGUGCACCUUCUUCCAAUUCCCUUUUCCAAGCUCCUCCAGCGGGCGACAAGCAACAGAGUACUGGCAAUCCUGGACAGCUUGGCGCGGGAAGCUAUAAUUAUUACAAGAGCAGUGGAGGAAAUUCCGGAUUUGCUGCUGGAGGCAGUUUGCCCAAUGUGAAUGACCCGGAAGCUGGUUUGGAUAGCGAUGAACCCCAUCUGGAAAGAGGACGUCGUCCAUCCAUGCUUCAAGUUUUUGGAAGCGAGCUGAAAAAGAGCUGGGCGAGUCUUGGAAGUCUAACGGCACAAGCUGCUACUGCUCUUAUGGGUACGAAUAAUCCCCUUAGCCGUGAAAGCAGUUCCACUGAUAUCCUACCUGGGUCUGGAUAUACUCCUCGCGGGUAUGACGAAGAAUCCGGUGCGUCGGUGAAUGCCGGUAACCCCAAUCUGGACAGUAAUAUGCCGGGCGGUCUUUUUUCGUACCUCUCCUCGCCAAGAGGUUCCAUUGUGGCAACGGAUCAGCACAUCCUUCCUCGCCAUACUAGUAGUCGUCAACAAGCAGCGGGAAGAAAACAGAGCAUUUUGCCCUCCUGAAUAUCGGUGUAAAGAGUGUCAAUUUUCGUGCAUGUAUAUCAAUUGACAUUUGGGGUUAUAUACCAGACUGCUGGCAUUGAGACAUGAUACCCAUACGGCUGAUAAAUAGGAGCUUCUACACAAUUGUUUUUUGUGAUGGGUUCAUGUUUGUUAUGUUGUAAAGAAGUGCCCUAUAAGUUAUCACACGUGUUCUAUAUUCAC